AUGAAGCCACACGAUGCUCUCGAGCAGUUCCAAGAAGCAACGACAUUCCACGCGGACAGGAACGUGCACGCGUUUUACAAUGCCAUUUCUGUGGACGAUUAUGAAGAUACGAGGCGAUUGUACCCCCACUGGACCGGCCGUCGCGACAAACAAGGCCAACCUAUCAUGAUAUUCGACCUAGCUCAUAUGAAAAUCGAAGCCAUGACUCGAUGGAGAGAAACCCGCAAUUUGCCAUGUGGGGAUGCAUCAGCGACGUCAUCUCCGGAUAUGGCACAGCGGGCGUGUGUUUUUAACGAUGGUCUGACACGGUUCAUUUUGCCGCUCUGCACGGCGAUGACGGAUCGGCCAGACAGUUCUAUUCCAGUGACUAAAUCGACCUGUCUGGUUGAUGGGUCUGCGCUAUCGUUGAAGCAGGCGUGGAAUCUGAGGGACUUUGCACAGGAAGUUAGCUGGAUAUUCUCGACUUGCUAUCCUGAGACGAUUAGCCAUAUUAUUCUCUGCAACGCCCCGUCCUCGUUCGCCCUGAUCUGGAAUGUUCUAAAAAGCUUCGUGGAUCCGCGAAUGGCGGAAAAGUUGGUCAUUUUGAAAUCCGCGGAGGUGUACUCCACAUUGGAAAAAUACAUCGAUCACGUCAACAUUCCCAAACAGUUUGGAGGCGAAUUGGCGUUUCAACAUGGUAUGCUUCCUGAUCUCGAUGAGGGCAUUCGGCAGACUCUAUUCUGGAUUGAUUCAAAGAACCGUCUCCCCCCUGGACCGCUCAAGUGGGUCCAAGAUGGAGGCAAUAGAAAGGCAAUUGCGACCGGGAGUGCCGGGGGUAUCCAAAGAGCUGAAGAAAUUGCUGUUCUUAGAAAAUCAGAGUAA